UCCAGAGCCUGCUCAGUUCUCCCGGUGAAUCUUUCAUUUUCCUGUGGUUUCUCUCCCGGUGGGAUUUUAGGAACACUUCUGGAGCUUGGACAAGACAGAAAACAAGAUCCCACCGCAGUUGAUCCUCCAGAUCUGGGACAACGACAAGUUCUCCUUCGAUGACUAUUUGGGAUCCAUCCAGAUGGAUCUCAACAGGAUGCCCAAGCCUGCCAAGACGGCGGAAAAAUGUUCCUUGGAUCUUGUGGAUGAUUCCCUGUCCUUCGGGCGCUUCGUGUCCCUCUUCGAGCAGAAAACCGUCAAGGGCUGGUGGCCCUGUGUGGCUGAGCAGGAGCAGCAGAAGAUCCUGGCGGGCAAACUGGAGAUGACUUUGGAAAUCGUGGCGGAACAGGAGCACGAGGAGCGUCCGGCUGGGAUGGGACGGGAUGAGCCAAACAUGAACCCCAGGCUGGAGGAUCCCAAGCGUCCCGAGACCUCCUUCCUGUGGUUCACGUCCCCGUACAAGACGCUGAAGUUCAUCCUGUGGCGCCGCUACAAGUGGCUGCUGCUCCUGGCCAUCCUCCUCUUCAUCCUGCUGCUUUUCCUGGGAAUCUUUGUCUACGCCUUCCCGGUAUGGAGCGGUAGGGAGAGGAUGGGAAUUGGUCGAGGUUUGCGGGGCGAUGGAAAAUUCCGUGCUGAGGAGCACAAUGGGUUAAAAAGGGACUUCUUUGGGUUUGGGAUCCUC